AUGAUGGUCAGUGGGUUAUGGUUUUUCUUUGUAUUCCUGCCAACUUUUCAAAUUACAAGCUAUGGUAUGGACCCAGCCUGGGCUACCGCAGCAAAUUUAUCGCAUCUACUAGCCCUCGUUUCCGCAGUGCCCGCGUUUGGCAUAUUCUUUGAUUGGUUCAGCCUCCAUAUGAUGCCAGGGGCGAGGUGGCAUCGCCAGUCCAUAACUCUGCAGGCCACUGCAGCAGUUUUGGUGGCCCUGUCGAUCGGCAUCUUCCAGGUCAUGGCUCGCAGUGGGACGAUUGUUGCGCUGGGCAUACAGCUUUUCUUGGUCGUCGGCAUGGUCGCAGCCGCAGCACUGCUUCCGUGCUGGAUCAUGGCGCUGUUUCCGGCGGAGACCCGCUAUACGGGGUCAGCCUUCUGCGUGAACCUCGGCUCGGCUCUCGCCGGUGCGCUGGCCCCCUCGUCGGGGCCUUCGUCGGGCUCUGCGCGCUGUGCGCCGGCGCGGGCGUCCACUCCGCGCAGCGGAGGGUGGCCGGCGGAGCCGCUGGCGUGCCGCGGCGCCUGGCUCCGAGCGGGGUUCCGGGCGCAGGCGGAGCGCUGA